GUUUCUUCUAAUCUAGAUGAUUGAUGUCAAAUAGUUUGUCAAAAUUCUUCGCUGUGAUGACCGAAAAAAUGUUUGCCACCGGAAAAUCUGUUAUCCUCCAAAAAUACCAAUGGAGCUGCACCCCAACAAUCGUUACAGCAGGGAGUAAUAAAAUAAUUCAACGGUUUUCUCGAGGUAUACGCGGAUUCAGUGCAAUAAGAUAAAACACACCGCUUCCAAUAUUGAAUAUUAAAAAUUUACGACCUAUACACCUAUAUUCCGAUAACUGAUAAUAAAGUACAGAGUUGACAUUUGAAUCCAAUUGUAUUGAAAUUUUUCGCGUGUGUUGUCCGCAAGAUGCAGAUGAAAGUGUCUUUGAAGGAUCCCCAUAAUCUCCUGAAGAUAUGUGUUUUGGUCGGAUGCACCAUAGGCACGGUGAUUCAGGUUUUGAACUGCAUAAAUAAACUAUUCCAUCCACCAGUUUCUACUCGCUACAGCUACAACUUAAACGAGAGUAUUAAGUAUCCCUGCGUGACAACAUGUAGAAGACCUCCAUUUAAAAACGAAGUGUUUGAAGAAUUCAAUGUAAAAUCCAAUAUGGAUCUUACGAAUGCAUUGGCGUUUUCCGAUUUCAAUUUUUCACAACAUACACUCAGUGAAUUUGUUAAUAAAUCGAGUUAUCAUUUCUAUCAGCUGUUUGCUCAAUACGGCUUCGCAGGACAAGGGUCAAGUGAUGACCUAGCUCUCUCUUGGUCGGAUCAUUUUGUGAGAGGGCGGUGCCAUACGAUAACACCACUCGUUCAAUCCAAUGUAUUUUCAAGAAGAGGAGGAUACUUUUUCCAUUACAAACAGGAUAAAAAACCCAAAUUGGUGGAUGAUUAUGGUGUCUCAAAGGCUGGUUUCGAUAUUUACCUGCAUAAUCCCAACGAAAUAUUAACAUAUGAUGAAGACCAAACGGAUAGUUUUAUGGAACACAUAUAUUUGGAAGCAGCUGAAGACAUGCGCAUUACUUUGGAUGUGCAAGAAUAUAGAAGAGUCCCUACAGCAGACAUUAAAUGCGAUCCUACCCCUGGUUACAGCAAAUCCAAGUGUCAAGAAACAUGCAUUCAUCAACAAGUUGCAAAAGAGAUGAAUUGUGUUGUGCCUUGGUUAUUUCUACCACAAAAUCAUAGCUACCCAGAAUGUGGCAAUUAUAAAAAGGUCGAACUUAUCAUUAGAAAAGUGACAUAUUUUAGGGACAAGUACAUACAGAAUUGCAACUGUCUUAUCGCUUGCGAUUUUACAAUUUACAAACCAUCAGUCAUCAGCAGAAAAGCAGUGGUAGAUAAAAUCACAUAUCCAGAUAGCCUGAUAACAAUAUAUUACUCUAAAAAUUUGGUCACAGUCAUAAGCGAGGUUGCUGGUUACGACUGGUAUCAACUAUUCUCAGAUGUAUGUGCACUUUUGGGAUUUUUACUAGGAUUGUCAGUCAUGAGUCUGGUUUCCGUUUUGGAAGAAAUUUUACGGAUCAUAUUGAAAAGAGAAGCUUCGAAGCGAAUGGCAACGGCUGCACAGGAGACCCAAAUAAAUUGCGGAGGGACUAACACUGGAGAAAACAAAAACUUGGAAAACGAAUUUUUUGAUUGCGCAAAUAUGGGUGAUUAUUAUCGAUUCUAUGAGAAAAGAUCGAGAAAUUGCGUUAGCAACCAUAACAAGUACUAAGAAAAGUUGUAUUUGCCAUCGAAGUGGUAUAAAUCAUAUUUCUUUCUGCUGAAUAAAGAUUACUACUCUUUU